AUGGAUCCAAGUGCUCGCAAAAAUGGUGUACCAAAAACGCAGAAAGCUAAAACUCCACCUACACCAAAGCCAAAACCUCCCAAACUUUCCACGGCACCUUCAAAUCGAAUUGAUAGUGAGCCAAAUUCAUCAUCCACUCAUAAACAAUCGAAUCCGAACACAAUAGUAGUCCGUGGUCCAAAUAUUAAUAGACUAUCAAGCGUUUUUGAAGAUCCAAAUCUAACAGCAGAUCAAACGAUUAUCAAAUCCCGUGUCGCCCCGUCGCUUCCUUUAUCACCAAAAUUGCCUGUCCCUAUGGUCAAGAAAACUUACAUAAAAAAAUCUGUCUCACGUGAUAAUUUUGCGAGUGAGAAAAAGGCAAAUAUUGACGAAUCUUCAUUAAUAUUUGACGAUAUCAAAGCGAAAUUUCAACAAGCUGACGAAAGUGAUGUUGCAGAAUCAGACUCAAGUGAAGAUGGUGUCGAUCUUGAUUGGGUUGAUAUACCAUAUAUUAAUCAAGUACUAGAGAUGAAUGAGGGAAAUAAUUUAAAUGAUUCAGAUAUUAUGUCACAGACAUCAAAUUCAUCAAUUAGUAAAAAUCCUGGGAGAAACAAUUCACAUAGUGCCCAGUCUUCAAAAAGAAAUUCUAUUGUUAUACCAUCAAAUGAUUUUGAAGCGAAGAGAGCUAGCAUUGCGAAUUUACUUUCAGGAUCAUCUCCGAUUUUAGUACGGCCUAAGGAUUUACAUCUAGAGACUUCAAAAGCUUUACCUCCGAUACCAACGCAGUCUCCCUCACAGUCUCCAUCUAUAAAGGUCAUAUCUCCUCUUUCAGACAAAAAUAGUGGAUCUAAAAGCGAAAUAUCGUUAACAAGUUUUUCAAGCGAAACAACACUUGUCGAAGAGGAUGAAUAUUCAAUUGAUUUAAAAAGGCGCAAAAAAUUGUGGAAUGUUAUAAAAGAGUUAGUAGAAACUGAAAGGGUUUUCUUUCAAGACAUGGUACUUUUAGAAAAGUAUGAUUGUAAAACAAUAUUUAGUAAUCUUCCGGAUAUAAUAGACUUUUCGGAGCAUUUUUUAAAUUUAUUGCUUGUAGCUAGUGGAAUCGGAGACGCAGGUGAUGACCCUGAAAAACAUUACGAACUUGAGAAUGAUACUACAAGCAUCGGAGAGGCGUUUGCACAGAUGGGUGAGGACUGCAGAUUAGAGGCGGUUUAUGGAGAAUAUUGCAAAAGACAUGAAGCAGCCGUUCAGAAACUUCAGGAAUUCGACAAUGAUGAUGAAGUUCAAGGGUUUUUACAGCCAAUGCGAAGGUCGAACGAGAAGUUGGGAUAUUGCCAGUCUUUUAAUAAAGCCGGUGCAGCGCGUAUUGAAAUAUCCACUCUUAUUGCAAAUUAUGAGCAUCUUAAAUUUUCUUUUUCAGAAAUUACGAAAGUUGCAGAACGUAUUAAUGAAAUAAAGAGACGCAAAGAUAUAGUUGAAAAAAUUGUGGGCAGUAAAAAAAAGUCAGAUGCAGAUCAUGCUACUGGUAUUGCAAAACCUACUGAAGAUGAACUCUAUAAAGCUUAUGUGGCCAAAUUUAAAACUUUAGAGCAAACAGGGAUUCAAUUAUCUAAAGAUGUGAAAAAUUGGGUAAAGCAUGUUAAAAAUCAGCAACGCUUGGCAGCUGCAAUCGAGGACUUUUAUAUAUUAGGAGUUGCUGCUAAUAAAAAUUCGGAUGAUUGCAUAAGAAUUGUAGAAUAUGUAAAAGCCCCCGACAAAUCGCUCCAACAAUCUGCAGACGCUUAUGUGUCGAUUUCAGCUCAACUACACGAAGAAUUGCCCAUGUUUUUUAUUUUCAUAACUGACUAUUUUGACAUAAUUGUGCAAGAAUUAAUUAAAAUCCAGGCGAAAUUUUACAGGCAGAUGGAUAUGGAUUUCCGACAAUAUUUUUAUAAAUUUGUAGAUAUAGAGGCUUUAAAGCAAAUAUCUGAUGAUAGAGAAUUGGUUCUGAGGGAUAUAGAUAUAACUACCGAAUAUACGGAUUAUUUCCAUGGUUCAUUAGGAAUGGAGGAUCGAUUAAACGAAUUGUUUAUUUUGAAUAAUAAGCCAGAUUUUACUAGCAAACACAGAAAUGGUCGAAGAUCUAGUUUUUCAGAGUCACUUGGAUCUUCAGGUUCAUCAAAACAAGCAGAAGAUUCGCAAAAUCGAACAGAACUUUUGAUUGAUGUUGAUAACUUAGAUUCAUUUAAAAACUUAUUAUUUUUAGAACGGUCGUCAUCAUGGUAUUCUGAUAAUUCACUAAAUAGCAGAACACAAAACUCCUUUGGAUUUGAUGAUUCAGAUUAUGAGAACCGAUCCAAAAACUUUUUAGACGACGGUUUUAAUUUUCAGGAAGUAAAAAAUAGAUCACAACAACGGUAUAGCGCUCAUAAAAAGUAUGCCACUGAUGGUGUUAUAAAUCAUAGUUCAUUAGAAGAUGAUGAUGAUGUGUUUCAUGAUUCCUUGACCGGUGAGGAGGGUGACGAAACUUUAUUUUUAUGCCAAACUAUUCAUACAAAUAAAUCCAAAGAAAAAAAUGAAUUAAACUUUAAACCAGGAAUUUUGCUCAAAAUUAUACAUAUAGACGAGUGUGGAGAGUGGUGGUUUGCAGUCAAUGAGGAUACCGGAGAGAGGGGAUGGGUGGAUCCAGCAUUUGUUGAAAGAAUUGGCUAA